GUUCGUGCACACCACGCCGGCGACGAUGUUGAAUGCGCUAAAGGGGAAGUCGUCCAAACGAAAGGAGGAUAUGUGGAUUUUCGUCAGUCACCCUCUUUUUGUUGAAAAUUGUCUUGCAUCACAGUCAUUGACAGGGUCUUACCGAUGUAGGUGGCCGAUACCUCCUUCCGGCUCUUCGUCGGCAUCAAAGAGUCCGGCGCAUUCCAGCACUCAUCAUUUCUCCGGGGCGCCCGCAUCGCGGCCGCCGGGUUAAUCAAGAUACGCAACGGCCAACUGCGGAGUCUGGCACCCCUCAGGUAAAUUUCCACCAUCACCCUCACCAAUAUCCGGCCGACCAGAGUGAAGAGCUAACCCCAACCGUAGUGGCCACUACCGCCCGCCCGCCGCCAACUUCCGCGCCUUCGUGCACUCCCUGCAGGACCAAGGCGUCGACAUGUCAGGCGUCUCCAUCAGCAAGUCGUACGCCGUGUUGCUCGGCAUCGAGGGCUACACGCGCACCAAGCGCAAGGUUCGGGCGCUGCACGAGAAGGCGGAUGAGGCGAAACACAAGCUUCUGCGCAAGCGGAGGGAGAAGGCCGAGGCGCACGAGCGCGGGGAGGAGACAAUCAACAAAUCCGAUCAGCCAGGGGACGGGGUGCAGAACAGUGCAGGAGGUGCUGAGGUACAGCCGGAGAGUAAGCCUCGCACGAUGAAUUUGCCCAUUCGGCAGAAGUCCUUCCCGGCCGCGUGAGGGUUCCUUUUCUGUUUGUGGGCUGUGUACGCUUUGUUUGUUAUGGCUUCUUUUCACCAGCAGCUUUCUUGAUGAUUGUGUACUUUCUUAUGUGACACUCCUUAUACCCCUACCUAGGAAUAAUACAGGCCUUCAGAUUCUGGACACGCUUCUGGUUGCAAUGGUUAUUCUCUUCGCGUGGCCACUACGGAGGAUAGGUGGUGGCCUAUGCUAUGCAUAAACUUACUUUAGUGACUAUCUUUGUAAAUUAGCUCUUUUGUGUCUGAUGGAAAGGA